AAAAUUGAAGAUCUUUGAGAAGGUAGUCCUGUAUAUAUAUAUAUAGAUGUAUAUAUCCUAGCAAAUUAGAUGUUAGAUUAUCACAAAAGCUAGAGAAAUCAGAUGAGUAUCAUGUUGAAUUCUUUGUGCUUCAGCGUUUUGUCUGUAUUUCUCUUCCUGUAUUUCUUUCUUAAGUAUUAUUGUUCUUCUGAAAAAAUUUUACCCCCAUCUCCGCCAAAACUCCCCAUCAUUGGGAACCUUCACAACCUAGGAUUACACCCUCAUAGAUCUCUUCAAGCGUUGGCUCAACAGUGCGGUCCUUUCAUGUUGCUUUAUUUUGGCAGUGUUCCCGUACUUGUCAUCUCCUCUGCUAAUGCUGCCAUCGAUGUUAUGAAAACCCAUGAUAACAUCUUUUCAAGUCGAAUUAAAUCGAGCGUCUUUGAUAAAUUAGUUUACAAUUGUAAAGAUGUUGUUCUCGCACCUUACGGCGAAUACUGGAGGCAGAUGAAGAGCAUGUGCGUGGUACAUUUGUUGAGCAACAAAAAAGUUCAAUCUUUUCAAAAAGUAAGAGAAGAAGAGACGACGAUUCUGUUGAAGAAAAUCCAAGAGUCUUAUUACUAUUCACCUAUGAAUUUGAGUGAGACUUUUGCAGUACUUGCAAAUGAUAUAGUGUGUAGAACAGCUUUCGGGAGGAAGUGUAGUGGAGACCAGGAAAGUGGAAAAAAGCUUAAGGAGCUUCUGGCAAGGUUUGCUGAGCUAAUUGGCACUUUCGAUCUAGGAGAUUAUAUUCCAUGGCUUUCUUGGGUUAGUUAUGUUAACGGAUUGAAUGCUAGAUUAGAGAAAGUGGCAAAAGAACUUGAUGAUCUUUUCGAGGGAAUAGUGGAAGAACAUGCAAAUCGUUUGAAGAAGAAGUGUGAUGCUAGUGAUUAUGAUGAUGUUCAAGAUUUUGUGGAUGUCUUGCUUCGGAUUCAAAAAGAAAACACGACUGGAUUUCCUAUAGAUAGAGUUACUAUAAAGGCUCUCAUCUUGGAUAUGUUCAUAGCAGGGACGGAUACAACAUAUACAACUCUGGAGUGGACAAUGACAGAGCUUUUAAGGCACCCUAAAGUUAUGAAGAAAUUGCAGAAUGAAGUUAGAACCACGGCAGGUACCAAGUCAAAUGUACUAGAAGAGGAUCUGGGUAAAAUGAAAUACUUGAAAGCAGUGAUCAAAGAAGUUCUUCGCUUACAUCCUCCUCUUCCAUUAUUAAUACAUCGAGAAUCCAUUAAGGAUGUGAAUAUAAAAGGGUAUGACAUUGCAGAAGGAACUCAAGUUCUGAUCAAUGCAUGGGCAAUUGGAAGAGAUCCCGAGUCAUGGGAAGAGGUUGAGGAGUUCAAGCCAGAAAGGUUCCUGGAUAGUUGUGUAGAUUUUAAAGGACACGAUUUCCAAUUGAUUCCAUUUGGAGCAGGAAGAAGGGGUUGCCCUGGUAUCCAGUUUGCUACGAUCCUCAUAGAGAUGGUAUUAGCAAACAUUCUGCACCAGUGUGAUUGGACACCAUUGCCUUAUCAUGGAGCAAAAGAACAAGAAAUUCAUUUAACUGAAUCAACUGGAAUUUCUGUUCAUAGGAAAUUUCCUCUCAUUGCUGUUCCUUCACCACCUUGUUUAUGAAUUUGUAUCUGUAAUAUUUUUCAUUGAACACCGUUUCAUUUUUAAGGAUUCAUUUGAUGUUGCCGUUGUUUACGCUGUAAAUUUUUAGUAAUGUUUUAAAAAUUCCAUCAAAAAACGUCAAUGUAAUAAUAAAAAUUUUGUAAUCAUAUUCUAUAACUAAAUGUUUUAUAACCCACAUUAUAAACUUUAGUGCUGUAAUAGAAAAAGUUACAAAUGUUUACUCA